AUGACAUGGAUGAGGUGUCAUGGCGGACGGGAACUGGCUCUGAUAGACAAGCAGGGACAGGAGCAGUUAACCUUGACCUUUGACUCUCACGUAAAUGGUAUGAGCACCGUUUAUGACAACACACUGUUAAUAUGUGGUGUGGAGGAUAGAGAUAUUAAACAAAUCAUACUGCCAAGUGGAAAGGUCACUUCAGUUUUCUCCAUUGGGAAGCUGUAUCCUUAUCAUGUAUGUAAACCACCCAGUGGCGACCUCUACGUAACAGUUUUAGAUAGUAUUGACUACAAAGUCACCAUUGACAGUGAGAGAGCACUGGUUCGGUACUCUCCACUGGGACGGGAGAAGGGUCGGGCUCGUUACGACAGAAGGGGGGAUCCCCUGUUUGUUGGGCCGUUCAGAGUGAGGUUCAGUAACACAGAGGACGUUAUAGGUGUGAUCAAUAACACAGACGAAGACAACAAUCACCUGGUACUACUAAAUGCAGACCUCACGUUACGAUUACGGUAUCUAGGUAACGGCAAGGUCGUAUUAGGUGAGGAGAAGUUUGAUACUACUACCUACAAACCGGAAACCAAAUAUGCCAUCAGAGAUUUUAUCUUCCACUCUUUUGAAAAUAUCAUUAUUUGUGAGUACUUCAGUAGGUGUGUACGUCUUCUAUCCAAAGAUUGCGUCCCCAUGUGUACCCUUCUGCAGACACAGGAACACAUACCGAUGUCCAUGACCAUGAACGGGGACGAGGUGUGGCUGGGAUUUAUUGACGGAACUGUGAAAGUUUACAAGUACAAGUGA